AUGGACGAGGAAACCAGCACCGUGGAAAGUGGAGAUCGUUCCUCCAGUUCCCCUGACACUCCCAUGAGGGGAUCCCCUGUCCAGAACCGGAUGUCCCAGCGCAAACUUACGAGAAGAGGCCGAAAGAGGAACCGGAGGGUGUCCUGGAAGGACACCUAUGUGGUCCAGGUGCUGAGGCAGCAACUGCCUAAUGGUCGGGCCCCUCUGUCUAGGGGGGCAUUGGCUAUCCUCCACUUGGUUGUUAAAGACCUUUUCGACCGCAUUGCCCUUGAGGCCGGCAGGCUGAAGAAGGAGUGCCUCGACAAUGACCCAGAGGACCCCGUGGGUCCAAACGAGAUCAGGGCCGCCCUGCAGAUCCUCCUGCCUUCCCAGCUCAGGGUUCAGCCCCUGCACAACCGCUUCGACUCCCCUUUGCUAGUAGGCGGCCGGGAGCAUCAGAGGUGGCGUUGA